AUGUCAGUGAAGAUUACAGACAAGUCGCAAGUGCAGGACUUGAUACUCGACAAAUACGAUUACUUUCUUUUUGACUGUGAUGGUGUAUUGUGGUUAGGUGACCAUCUACUUCCCUCAGUUGGAGAGACUUUGGAAUACCUCAAGCAACAAAACAAAACGGUGAUAUUUGUCACCAACAACUCAACCAAGUCGCGUAGUGACUACUUGUCCAAAUUCAACAAGAUGGGUAUUUCCAACGUUACCAAGCUGGAAAUAUUUGGAUCAUCCUUUGCAUCAGCAGUUUAUGUCGACAAAAUUUUGCAAUUGCCCAAAGACAAGAAGGUUUGGGUCUUAGGUGAAGAAGGGAUUGAAAAGGAGUUGCACGAGUUGGGAUAUGCCACAGUUGGAGGCACCGAUCCCGGACUUGUCAAGGAUGGCGUUAAAUUUGACCCAAACACAGACUUGUUUGACAAUUUAGAUCAGGACGUUGGUUGUGUUGUUUGUGGAUUGACCUUCAAUAUCAACUACUUGAAAUUGUCCCUUACAAUGCAAUAUUUACUCAAGGACAACAAAAGUAUCCCGUUUAUUGCCACAAACAUUGAUUCUACGUUCCCCAUGAAGGGUAAGCUUCUAAUUGGUGCUGGGUCCAUAAUUGAAACAGUAGCAUUUGCAAGUGGAAGAGAACCGGAUGCCAUAUGCGGGAAGCCUAAUCAAAGCAUGAUGAAUUCGAUCAAGGCGCAGUUGAGUGGAUUGAAACGGAAUCCUAAGAGAGGAUUGAUGAUUGGUGAUAGACUAAACACCGAUAUGAAAUUUGGAAGAGAUGGUGGAUUGGAUACUAUGUUGGUGUUGACAGGCAUUGAAACUGAAGAUAAUGUUAAGCAAUUGUCAAAGGAAGAUGCACCAACUUAUUAUAUUGAAAAAUUGGGAGACGUCUACGAGUUUACUCAUUAG